GGGGAUUCUUCAACAAACCCUUAUGAAAAAGAAAACCGAGACUUUUUCGUUUCAACAAUCGAAUUCCUCAUGAUUUUAUGAUUUGUUGUUCUGUUGAUUAUAAAGUCCGUUCGAAGAUACAUCUGCCGUCUAACACUCAAACCCUACCUACAACCCACUCAUAUCCUCAUACCUAUUCUUCGUUCCAAGAUGGAUUUUGCACCUUACCAAGCUUCUCCAGAAGAAACUCGCGCUCUCUCUCCUCCACCGCGUACCUCGACCUCUUCCCCUCGUCAGAGUAUCUCACCUAUUCGUAGAUCCUUUAGCCCCGGAGUUCGCAGUCCGGCAUUCUUGCAGAGUACUAGUAAUGCAGCGGCGAAAAAUGGAAAUUUUGCUCCAAGUACCACUCCGAAUCCAUGGGCGCAGAGAGAACGAGAGAGAGAUGGAUACUUCCCGACGGUGAAUACUGGAAAUGGGUAUCAGGAUGUGGAGAGCGGGAGGGUUGGAGGGGGAUACAAUGUUGGGGGAAGUGUAAGUGGAGGUGCGGGGUAUGGUGGGGGGAGUAGAGACGGUUUACAUGAGUUUGAAACUAGUCUUCCAUUGAGGUUGGAUUAUGAGGCUUGUUUGGCUUAUCUGCUUUUGCCGCCUGCUGGGGGUGUGUUGCUCUUGGUUCUGGAGAGGAAGAGUGAUUAUGUGAGGUUUCACGCUUGGCAAUCUGCUUUACUGUUUACGGCCAUGUUUGUCGUACAUUUGAUGUUCUCCUGGAGCCCGUCUAUGUCAUGGUUAUUGCUCCUAGGAGACAUCAGUUUGAUAGUAUGGCUAACCAGGAGAGCAUAUCUAGAUGGUAAGUUUUUCCAUGUUCCUCUCUAACUCCUCAGCUCUCUCUCUCUCUCUCUCUUUGUCUUAUCUAUAUCGGUAAACAUGCUUCCUUUCCAACUUUACACCUCUAAUCUUCCCAAAACAGCGGAUACUCUAGACCGAUGCGAAGUCCCAGUUUUUGGAAGAGUAGCUAGUAGUAUACUAGACGACGAGUAAGAACGACGAGUGGAGACGAUAAUCGAGGAUGACGAGACGAAUUUAUGCGCGAAGUUACGAUACCAUUUUUUUUUCUGGGGGCGAUUUUUGCUUCAUAUUCCAGAGUUAGCACGAGAUACCCUUUGCCGUUGUUGUACAACUCUAUUUUAUAUCAUCUUCUAAGAGCAUACUAGAUGGAGAUACAAAGGAUAUUUAUAUAUGUCCUUGCUUAAUAUCUAAUUCACAAGCUUGAUGAUUAUCUGUUUUGGAUUCUUCUUGGUGAGUUCCA